GAUAUAGGUUGUGUGAUAAGUUGAAAAAUAAAUGUAAAUAAGCCACGUGGUUACAUUCAUUGCUUUCAAGUCGUCGAAUAAAGACGUUCUACGAAUUUAAACAAAGUUAUUAAUUAUAAAUUUGAAAAAGAAAAUAUUUAAACAGUUUUAAAAUGGCAAUAAAUAUUCGUGUUGAUUCACCAAAUAUUAAAUAUACUGAAGAAUUUAUUCAAGCUAAAUAUGAAUAUCAAACAACUAAAAUUACUGAAAAUAAUAAAAAUAAUGUUACUUUAUCACCAGAGUCGCAUAAAUUAUUGAUACGGACUCAAGUUAAAUUACCAAGAAUAGGAGUUAUGCUUGUAGGAUGGGGCGGUAAUAAUGGCACUACAUUUACCGCAGCUGUAUUAGCUAACAAAUUGAAAUUAAAAUGGGAAACAGUACAUGGUGUCCAUGAUGCUAAUUGGUAUGGAUCAAUAACUCAAUCAUCAACUUUAUUACUUGGCUGCGUAGGUCAUGAAGAAAUAUACGCACCUAUGAAUUCUUUUUUGCCGAUGAUUAAUCCGGAUGACAUUGAAAUUGACGGAUGGGAUAUAUCAGAUAUGAACAUUGCUGAUGCGAUGAAACGCGCUAAGGUUCUAGAUAUUAAUAUUCAAAAUCAAUUGAAAUCACAUUUGUCGAAAUAUGUACCGAGAAAAAGCGUUUAUUCUCCUGAUUUCAUUGCUGCCAAUCAGAAAGAGCGUGCGAAUAAUUUAAUAACUGGUACAAAAUCAGAGCAACUGAAGCAAAUCCGCGCUGAUAUAAACGAUUUCAAGUCAACUAAAAAUUUAGACAAAGUAAUAGUUUUAUGGACAGCAAAUACUGAAAGAUUUGCUGAAAUAAUAACAGGAGUCAAUGACAAUGCUGAUAAUUUAUUAAAAUCCAUUGCCGAUGAUCAUUCAGAAAUAAGUCCAAGUACUUUGUUUGCUGUAGCUGCUGCCUAUGAAGGCUGUACUUAUAUUAAUGGAUCACCACAAAAUACAUUUGUACCCGGCUUAAUUGAAUUUGCUGAAAAAAAAAAUAUAUUUAUUGCCGGUGAUGAUUUCAAAUCUGGCCAAACAAAAUUAAAGUCCGUAUUGGUUGACUUUUUGGUUACCGCUGGUAUUAAACCAGUGUCUGUUGUCAGUUAUAAUCAUCUUGGUAAUAAUGACGGUUAUAAUUUAUCAGCACCGCAGCAAUUUAGAUCUAAAGAAAUAUCUAAAAGUAAUGUCGUUGACGAUAUGGUUUUAUCAAACAAUAUUCUAUACAAACCGGGUGAAAAACCAGAUCAUUGUGUUGUAAUUAAAUAUGUGCCAUAUGUUGGAGAUAGUAAACGUGCUAUGGAUGAGUACACAUCAGAAUUAAUGUUAGGGGGCCAUAAUACAAUCGCUGUUCAUAAUACUUGUGAAGAUUCAUUAUUAGCAACUCCUAUUAUUCUGGACUUAAUUAUUUUGGCUGAAUUAUGCUCUCGUAUUACAAUCAAACGCAUUGAUAAUGAUGACGAUUCUAACAGCAACGACGGAUUCAUUACUUUCCAAAGUGUAUUGUCACUGCUUUCGUACUUAUGCAAAGCGCCGUUAGUUCCCGCUGGCGCCCCAUUGGUUAACGCAUUGUUCAGACAACGUGCGGCCAUUGAAAAUAUACUGAGAGCUUGUUUGAGUCUACCGCCUAAUAAUAAUAUGAUGCUGGAACAUCGUUUUAAAUUUUAAAUCCGAUAUAUAUUUUAUUGAAGUAAUGUUUUAAUAAUUGAAUAUAAUUAUAUUAUUAUUAAGACAUUUUUAUUUUUUUGUUUGAUGGACCAAGGAAUGCUUGAGUACCUUAAUAGUAAUAAUAAUUAAAGAUGUUCAUAGUAAAUUUUUUAAGAAAAAAUUCAAUUAAUUGAUUAACAGAAAAUCCAGAAAAAAAUUUAAUAUUUCUCAAAGGUUUAAAUAAAUUUAUUGAGAGUUCGGUCAAAAUUUGGUGGUUAUUAAAAUGCGCGCGCAACUGUUCAAAUCUGGUAUAAAGUCCCCAAGCGGCAUAAAAAAAAUUGAUGACUUUUUGUUGAAUUCUAGUUCACAAUCGGUUACAUAACAAAAAAUUGUCACUUUUUUUGUGCCGCUUGGGCCCGUCAAAGAAUGAUCUCUUCCCCCACUAUUCUUCUACGAUUAAGUCAUUACUGCGCAUGCUGAUUAAUGCAAACUCGUGGACUUCAUUAUAGCCGAGUAGUGGGAGAAAAGUCCAUUCUUUUGGAAAUUUAAUUAUACUGUCUUACACUUUGCGUAAUAGAAAAGAAAAUAACCUAAAAAAUUUACUAUAGAAUAUUUUAAAAAUUUUUCAUGUAUUUUUCUACCUCACUAAUGUUAAUCACAAUCAUUUAAUUGCAGUUUAUUCCAGAAGUUGAAGUAUUAUUGAUAAGUGAAACAAACUUUUUGUUGAGCAAAAAUUGUAUGCUUUUUAUUUUGUGUCAAUUAAUGAAAAAAUAAAUAUUGUCUUAUUGA